GAUGAAACAAGUCCCAAUGGCAUAUGCUUUCAUGUCCCGUCGUCAAAAAAUUGAUUACAGGAAGGUAAGUUGCUUUUGGACAUUUUCUAUGACAAUCUACUCUAAAUUUCGCAUUAAGUAAAUUAAAACAAAAUUGGUCAUUUAUAGAUAUAUUAAUAAAUAAAUAUCCUUUUCCAGGUGUUCUCUACCCUUGCAGAAGAAAUGGGAGGGCUGGAGUCACUGUGUGUGUCAAGCGGGUGAUGGCUGACUUCGAGCGCGGGGUAUGGCGGGCCGUCCGAGGGCUACUACCCAUGGUCGAGAUCAGAGGAUGCGUAUUUCACUGGGAGCAGGCCAUCCGGAGAAAAGUGCAAGCCCUUGGUCUUGAUAACGAAUUCCACAAAGGACAGGAAUCCUAUAGGACAAUCAAGAAGCUGAUGGCAUUGCCUUACUUGCAUCACCGCCACAUUCCUGACCAGUUUGCCGCCAUCAAAGCCACAACAGAAGACACGAGCCUGUACCCCCUUUGCACCUAUGAAGAGAACACCUGGCUUUUUUCAACUGUUUGGCCAAUCACCAGCUGGUCCGUGUAUGGCAUGACAGUGAGGACCAACAACGAUUGUGAAGGAUGGCACAAGAAGGUCAACCAGGCGGCCGGCAAAAGGAACCUUGAGUUCUUCCUUUUGGUGAACCUCCUUCACAAAGAAGCCCUGUAUGUACCCCAGGUACCACAGUUGCUGGCCUGGGAUCAACUGUCACGCCACCAAUCGCGGAAGACCAGGGCAUUUAACCAGCAGAUACAAGACAUCUGGACAGAAUAUUCACAGGGCAUCAAGACUCCAUCCCAGACCCUUAUUCUAAUAACAUCUCUCAUAACUAAGAAGUAG